CGAAACGUAAAGAUAUCCACUGCUUUGUAGACAGCAGUGCUGGCAGUUUGUAUUGCAUGGUCCAUCUGGCCUCGCAUUUUUAGCCCGAAGGAUUUUAGCAGGAAGGAUUCGUUGUAAACAUCUGCGAGAUUCGUUUCAAGAACAUUUUCAGUGAUACAAAGACAAACACACGGCAUGGAUGACAUCAAGACGGCUCGUCCGGCGGCUGACCAGACCCCUCGUCCGAAGGGCGCCAUGGCCUUGUGGUACAGGACGCCAGACAUCGAAAAGAAAGUCAAUUACCCGUCCACCCUGUCACUCGAACGGAAGGUAAACUUGGCUCGUGCCAAAGUGGAGAGAUACCGCGAGGAAAACAGGAUGAUGCCAGAGAUGGCAGACGAUCUUCUCUGGCUCAAGAUCACGAAUGAGGAACGGGAGAAGGCCAAGGCGAAUUACGCCAAGCGUCACAUGAUGCGCUCGGCCAUCAAGGAUUACGCAAUCGCGGAUUAUGAGGAGCACCGGGUUUUCAAUGAGGUGCUGAAACGACAGGAGGAGAUUGAUAAAGAGAAGAGAAAGGGAGAAUCUGAUGCCGAUUGCCUUCGGAGGAUUGAGAGGGAGGAAGAAAAUCAAACCAUUCAGGUACUUAAAAAAGACUGGGAGACCAACUCUCAACACGAAGACCCAUUAAUCAAAGAGGCGCGGGGAAAGGUUGCCAAGUUUCGCUCAAGCAACCCGACCAUGAAUGAAGUGCCGGACGAAAUAAUUUGGGAGCGGAUCGAGGAGCAGGCGAGAGAGGAGGAGCUGACGGCUCUAAUGAACACCCCGGAGGCCAGGUCUAUUGAGGAUAUACUAGCUGAUCAUGAGAGGGAGCGAGUCAGGCAGGAGGUCGGCAGACGGAGGGCAGAGAUCUUCAAAGUAAAGAAGAGAUACGAAGGGCCGGAGGAUGCGCUGCUGCGGCUGGAACGGUUGGAGAAGGAGAAAAUACGGCUGGCGCUAAGAGCCGAUUGGAAUGAGAGAGAUGACAAGUGUUAGAGAUUUCAAAUCGUUCCGUGUUCAGAAAACGGGAACGCUGAUUAACUGGUGUGAUAAUGAUAAUGGUCCCAAGAAAGAAAGUCCUUGAUGAUUUCGGUCCGAUACACUAUUCAGUCUUUCUACCCCUUGAUCAAACACUGAAUAGUAGUGGGAGGGCUAAUUUUCGAGAGGGACUUUAAUAAUUUACUUUCACACCGGUCGAUUUUGUCGUAAGUCGAGUGUACAUUAUAUCAAGUAUGUAUAAAUAUCUCAUAUUGAUAUUCUCUAUUUUGUAAAGUGUUUACAUUGUAAUUUUCAUACCUCAUCUAAUUCCCUUAUUCAUUGUUCCAUUGUGAUAAUCAUUGUGUAGCAUAUCAACAAAUAAAUCAUAUAUUAUUGUAAAUUUUC